UGCUCCGAGAACUCUGCAAUCACUUGCUAACUUAGAAUUUCCACCCACAGCAGAGGACACUCCCCUUCUCCAACAACUCGACUUCGAGUACUCAUUCAUAUGAAGUGGCAGACAGCAGAAGCAGUUGAAGAGUGUUAGGUGGCACAGCCAGGACACCUGUGGGCUCGGCCCCUCCCCCACCCCCGCCAACCCAUCUUUUCAUUUAGAGUGUACGUGAAUACUUCUGUUGCCGGACAGGAAUUACAAUCCCGGUAAUUCCUCAACUGACAAAGCGGCCAGUACGGACCGAGGAUGGCUCGCUCAGGACAACGCUGAUGGACUCAGGCUUGGUUGCGGCGUAGCCGUGGACCCCUCGAAGUAUUGACAUGUGUGCCGCUACCUGCCUUCUAAUAUCGUGUGCGUACUGAGUACUGUGUUCAGUGUCCCACCUCACGGGUGGGGAUGUCGUCCCUUGGGCAUCAGCUCCAAGGGACGCUAUCUGCCGUCGGCCGAGCCGUGAGCGUCCUCAAGAAUUCAACGCAACUCGGUAAAGAUGGCGGAGAGCAACACACCAUCACCCCAGACGCGACGGACAUGGGAUCUGGUGAAGAUGACGACAAACAGGAAGUCUUCCAGAGUCACGUGAUUAACAUGGACACGUCUACCAAGACAAAAGUUGACUUGGUGCUGGAUUGGGUGCGAACCAACCUUCUCCUCACACUCACAAUCGGCGGGGUGCUGGUCGGCGUGGUAAUUGGGUUUCUGGGUCGCCUCGCCACCUUUUCUGACGAAUCCAUAAUGCUCAUCUCCUUCCCUGGCGAGAUCCUGAUGCGACUGCUCAAGAUGUUCAUCCUUCCUCUUAUCAUCUCUUCACUCGUCGCAGGCAUGGCGCAGUUGGACGCCCAAUCUUCGGGUCGCAUGGGUUCGAUAGCCCUCUUGUACUACAUAGUCACCACUAUCCUGGCGGCCAUCGUGGGCAUCUUCAUGGUGCUUGUUAUUCACCCAGGGGACCCGAGCAUUAAGACGCACGUAGAAGGAGGAUCCACUGACACAAAAGUGUCUACACUGGACGCCAUUCUGGAUAUAAUAAGAAACCUGUUUCCGGACAACUUGAUGCAGGCAUGCUUCCAGCAGGUGCAAACCAGUUACAAAAAGGUAAAUAAGCCACUAGUGUUCCACGAGCCUAACUCUUCUGAUGAUUCGCCCGGCUUCAUCCUUAAACCGCAGCUAGUCUACAAGGACGGCACCAAUGUCAUGGGAAUGAUCGUGUUCUGUCUGGCAUUUGGACUCCUGGCAGGACAGAUGGGGACCAAAGCCAGGCUCAUGGUGGAUUUCUUCGUUGUGCUCAAUGAUAUUGUCAUGAAGUUGGUGGGUGUAGUCAUGUGGUAUUCUCCAUUCGGGAUCCUGUGUCUGAUCGCGGGGAAGAUAAUGAGUAUUGAGAAUCUAGCGGCCACCGCACAGCAGCUCGGCCUGUACAUGAUCACCGUCAUACUCGGUCUGUUAGUACACGCCCUCAUCACUCUGCCUAGCAUCUACUACAUGUUCACUCGCAAGAACCCAGCCGUCUUCUUCCAAGGAAUGCUGCAGGCGUGGGUGACCGCAUUGGGCACUGCUUCAAGUGCUGCCACCCUGCCCAUUACAUUCCGCUGCCUGGAGGAGAACAACAAGAUAGACAGCCGUGUGACACGAUUCGUAGUGGCAGUUGGUGCCACAGUCAACAUGGACGGCACUGCGCUGUACGAAGCUGUCGCCGCCAUAUUCAUAGCCCAGAUGAACGGCAUCCCUCUCGGAAUCGGAGAAGUCAUCACAGUCAGCUUGACUGCGACAUUGGCGAGUGUGGGGGCAGCAUCCAUCCCUAGCGCAGCCCUCAUCACGAUGCUGCUGGUGCUGUCAGCUCUAGGUCUGCCAACCUCGGACAUUUCACUGCUGUUCGCCGUCGACUGGCUGCUGGACCGCCUUAGGACUUCCAUCAACGUACUCGGCGACGCGUAUGGAGCAGGAAUAGUGUACCACCUGACGAAAGACGACUUAGCCCGGAUGGACGCCGAUCGCGUCCUGGAUACCGUAGACAGUGGCUUGGUGGCCAACGUCAAAACUUCCGAGACAGCCGACAGCAUUGUUAGUCGGCCGACGCCUGCAGGAAGCUCCGAGACACAGAUAUGACGGCGCCUCAGUCGAACAAUCGACGUCCUUCCAGUAACGACUAGAAAGACUAACGAAUUGCUAACAGCAUAUUAUAAUUAGCGUAGGAAAAUUCACGUUUGAUGUGACAGUUAUAUGGUGGAAAAGCCAAGGUAUUAUUACAAACCACUGUAUGGGAUGAAUUAAUUAUUCUAAAAUACAAUACAAUAUUCAUUUUUAGUUGUGUAGUAUAUUCAUUAAUGUAACUACGGUAAUAUUAUGCUUUUAAGUAUAGUUCAUCAACACGCAUGGAACGCAUAUUUCUUGCAAAGGAGGUAAAUUAGGUCCAGCAGGUUAUGGACUAUAAGAUAAUUUUGUUAUACCAAAGCCAUAUCUUUAAUCAUACAUUUAACAACUAUGGCACCCUCAUAAUGUAGCAGGUAAAGUUUAGUUUUAGCUAUUUACUAAAAAAUAACACCUGUAUCGGUAUAAUUCUAAUAAAUAUCUAUAUAAUGAAUAUUCAAAUUAUUAUUUCGUAGCUUGCUUUAUAUCACAAAAAUUUAGUGCUGUAGAGUAUACAUAUCUCGAGCAUAUUAAGUACAAAAAAAGUAAGCAUAUUAUUAUAUAAAAAAUUUAAUUACAUUGUUCAAAUAAAUAAACAUCCUCAACAAACAAGUGGAUUACAGCUUUCUGAAGCGCAAUUAAUGUAUUAAAACCAAAUAUGGAAUAAAAUGGCCCAGCGUCAAAUCAAGUUAUAAAAUAAUUAGUAAAAGUACUCCACAUAGCCCAUGUAAUCAUGUCAUAGUUUUAAGUGCUAUAUAUUUUAAAUGUUUAUGCAAUAUUAUAUAACGUUGCAUGGUUUUAGCCGUAGUUUAGUUAACUUGAGUAAUGUUUAGUUGAAGCAUCGUGUGUAUCUUCGUAACACAGCACUCAGUUUCUUAAAAUGGAGACAGGCUCAAUGGAGCAAAGUUACCCAAGUGCCGUGUGUGUUUCAUAUUAUUCCAUAUCAUUUAAAGGAUAUUGUUACGUGUGUAACCCGCAAGUUAGAACCAAAAUGGAAGUGAAAGUCCACUGUCAUGGCGUAUAAAUCCCCCCUCCAGAACAUCACGCCAUACAGUGACAUAAAAGAUACGUUUAAAAAUUACUUCAUUAUUAAAUACUUAGAUUUUAGUGUUAUAAUUUUAUUGGUAAUAUUAUGAAAUCUAAACAAUAUUUAUAGGAUUUCACAUCUUCUAAACCGAUUAAUCUUCGGUAGAUUUUGUAGAAUUUCUAUUACUAUUGUUAAUGUUUCAGCAGUGCCUGUGUAAGCCAAAAUGUGGAAAUAAACAUUUGAAGUGUGA